UUCUCGGUUCACUCCGAUUGCAGCAUUCGUCACAUUCAACCUCCCGAAGGUGCUGGGUCGUUUCUUGCUCGUAUGACUGAGGCGCGGAGGACAAUUAUGACACGUGAACUCUGCAACUGGGAGUGGACUGCAGAGGCAGCCUAAACUUCCGGAACACAGUGCUUGUUGUAAGUUGUGACGAAUCAGGGAUUCGUGAAGUUCGUGGUAGCUCGAAAAGCUCCCUGCUGCUGGAUCCUGGAGGGAACUGAGAGGAUUGAUGGAGGCCAAAAGCCCUCGGUAUAAAAGUCCCACGCGAAAAGUACAGAGAGCGGGGAUGGGUGGGAGAAGUCCCCGAUUGUUGAGCCCCACGCGUUUUGAGAAAUCAGCUCGCGUUACCACUCGAUCACAGGAAAAGCUAGGGAAGGAGGAUGCGUCAACCAGUUCCGGUUAUAGUUGCCUUUCAUCAGUGCCGUCUGCAAGCGUUACCUAUCUUGCAAUCGCCUGCAUGGUCAUUUUCUGUCCAACUAUGGUCAUUUACAUGUGGUAUGCCCAUCGAUAUUUAGAUGGAUCCAUAAUUCAGUUGAGGAACCAUAUUCGUCAAGAAAAAAGCUUACUUCGUAUCGUGGACAUUUGGCCAGUUCCUACUUUCUUCGGCUGUAUGGCAGUUGGUGCGUUGGCUGUUUCCCAAGCACUGAUGCAGAUUUUGCUGCCAGGAGCUUAUUUCUUUGGACCUGUUACUCCUCGGGGAAAUCGACCCCUUUACAAGAAAAAUGGAUUUGCAGCUUAUUGGAUAACAAUGCUGACAACAUGGAUCACAUGGAGGGAAGGAUUCUUCAACCCUGCCACCAUCUAUGAUCAUUUGGGGGAGAUCAUAUCCACUUCAAUUUGCGUUUCUGUUGUCCUCUGCAUCCUCCUGUAUGUCAAGGGUUAUUUGGCACCUUCGUCUUCGGAUUGUCGUUCUUCGGGAAGUAUUAUUCUGGACAUAUUUUGGGGUAUGGAGUUGCACCCAAAAAUAGGACGAUGGCUUGACAUGAGGGAGCUUCUCACUUCAAGGAUAGCGAUGACGUCUUGGGCUCUACUGGUAGUUAGUUAUAUGUGCAAGCAGAUUGAAACGUUUGGCCACCUUCACGACUCCAUGGUUGUAACCGGUUCGCUGAUGCUGAUGUAUGUAACCAAGCACUUUUGGUUAGAACAUAGCUACCUCAGCUCGCUGGACAUGGCACAUGAUCGUACCGGGCUGUAUACCGUGUGGUGCUCGUUGGUCUGGGUCCCCAGCGUCUACACAUCUCCAGCACUUUUUCUAGCAUCGCACCCGAUCGAGCUAGGGUUGAAGGUGUCUGUUACAAUAUUCGUUUUGGGCUUCAUUUCGAUCUGCAUACUCUAUGAUUGCGACAACCAAAAGGCAAAAUUUCGUGAAGCGAACGGAAGAUGCCACAUCUGGGGAAAACCCGCAACCAAGAUCAUUGCUCACUACCUUAUCGAGAACGGUGAACAUCACAUAAGCCCGCUCCUAACUUCCGGCUGGUGGGGCUUGGCUCGUAAUUUCCACUAUCUGCCGGAGUUGUGUUCGGCCUUCCUGUGGACGUUGCCUUGUUUAUUUACUCAUUUUCUGCCCUAUUAUUACUUCCUGGGCCUCUCGUUUUUGCUUUUCGAUCGUGCCAAAAGGGAUGACCACCGAUGCAGAAGGAAGUAUCAAAGAUACUGGGAGGUUUACUGCAGAAAAGUACCCUGGAAGAUUAUACCGCAUGUUUAUUAGACUGCCAGUGUUUACAUAAUACACAAGAAGCAACUGGCACUCUCAGUUGCGCGUGUAUAAGACCAAGUAUCAGACCUGCGAGCAAGCUGUGGAUCCCAUGCCAAAGGACUGAAUUCAGUCAGUCCUAUACAUAUCACGGGUGAAUCAAGCUGGAUGCUUCAAUCAUCUUAUAAAAUGUCUUUUUAUGAUCCUCUAUCUACUGGAGAUUCAUGAUGAAAUCUAAUUGCUUCAAAGACAUCAGACCACUCUAUAUUCAUAGUUUCUCAACUUCAUUAUGAAACCUAGGCAUGACGUGUCCUAAUGCAACCAGUCAAGUCGACAAGUAUGUCAAACCAUAUCGUUGUGACUCUAAGCAGCAGCAACUAUUACAUUGUUCUGAGUGUUAGGCCAAGAACACAAGUGUGGUUUAAGACUUGAGGACAUGUAUUUUCUGCUGGACGGCACUUCUCGACCCUCUUCGCAAAUAGAGAGAUUUAACUACAUAUUUUGAAGAAGAAAAGUUUUAAAUGUGCCAAGGCUCGGCAUAAAGUUUAGAAUGUUCAACAAGACAUUAGUCGCAUAAAGUGUAGGAGAAUGAUCUCGAAAUACACGUGCAAACAAGAGAUGAGGCCAAAUUUGAGUUCGCAGCAAGAUGGAAGAAUGCACCACCUAGUCAAGAUGUAACAAGCUCAACUACGAGACUUUGGGGCCAGGCCAGGUAGAAUUCCUGCAGAUAGUCCAGCGGUAGAUUUUAAACGAGAUUAAUUUGUAAUUAUGGGAAUCUGAUUUGAGGGACCUCUUUUCAAUGAUGAUCAUUGUUGAAUAUAAGGUGAAACUUCAGUAUAUUAGAUCGUCCAAUAUACCCACUUCCUACUAGUCUAGAAACAAUACCCUUACAAGACACAUUCCUCUGUCGCUAAGAAUGGAUGUACAAAGUGAUUUUGAGCAAAACUCCACCAACAUGAUCACCUUCACUGUCACAGAGUAUAAGCUGAUAAGCUGACAACAAGUUGGAGGAGGACAAAUUUACCUUUCCUGGACAUCUACGAAGUUUACAAAUGUUACCUGAGUACAGGUUUGAGAGGGGUUUCAAAUGUGAAAACCAUGUCCUUUAUGAUUCAUUUAAAUCUGAUCCAAUAAUUCCUGUCAGUGAAGAAUUUAAAAGAAAGGACCUGAGAGUAUCAAUGUGAUAUUCUAUCAUCAGUGGCCAUCGUCACCUGUCACAAAAUGUUCAUUUAGUUCUAACAAGAGAGUGCGUGAUAUCGAGAUCAUACAUUGGCGCAGACGGUAUAUGUCUGACUAACUAUCGUCUACCCAUUGGGCGAUAUCCCUUUCAGAAUCACUGUUCUCACGGAGUGGUUCAUCUUAUAUUCACACGAGCUUCUAACUAAGAACGACAUCGAUGAUUUCCUGUUUCCUGUACAUGUGUACGUGUGCCGCAGCUGGUACAAGUCGUACCGAGGCUCUUCAGCUUUUCGUAUGGGUUGCAGAAGCUGAGGAAGAUGCAGCAAACCGUGUCCUUCGUGGAUCAGAUGCACGAGGGAGAAGAGCGAAUUCCAGCAAAGAAUGCCGAUCUCAGAGAUCAAAUGUGCAGAGAACCACAAUUACACGUGCGACAAAGCCUUGUCCAUGGCAAAGCCGACCCCAGCACAAGGUAUGCCGAGUGCCAAGUAACCUCCCAGCGUCGAGAUGCCCGUCGCCCCGAACACGACGAGGACGAUGCCCAGAGUCUUAUCCCUCUCCUCGAAGGGGCCCGCUGGAACCAAAGCGAACACACCGAACAAUAUGAAGAGAACAAGUCCCGCAAAUCCGCCCACGAAUCCCCACGCAAAGCCGCAGCCCAUAGUACACGCUGGAAACGUUUCCUCAUUCGACUUGCCCAUCGUAUCGUCCUGCUUCACACGAAAUAAUUUCACACUCUCGAGCAAUCAAUCGUUCGCUCGCUAACUCGCUCGCUUGCGUCCAGUCGGAGUUUCCGAUCUUCACUUCGGGUCUCGUCCCGCACAGCAAUCGAUGUCACACUCUCAAAGACGAAACCCCCGUUCUCGUUACGUCACAGCGCGUUCAAAUUAGCACCGAAAGAAGACUUCUUGAAUUUUACUUCGACGGGUCGACUGACGACUGACUCGACGACUCACUCAAGUCUCUCUCUCCGUCACGUAACUUGCACGUUGUUCACGGCCGUUUCACAUGUAACGGCACCUCGGUGCUUGAAUCCCAGGCGCGAUUCUGGCCUCCGUCCUCGUUGCCGUUGUUCGCACUAUUCCGAGUCGGCUCAGCUUCGCUAGUGCGCUCGCUCCCACUGUAGGUCCACAGAGGCCUCAUCGGCCGCUCCGGGAGCUGACCUCAUGCCCAAAAUUUUGCCACUGUGCUCGAGAAUAGUGCAGCUCUGGGUCCGUGGAUCGGCGAGAGAAAGCACUUCAAGAGCUCUCGAAGCUCAGUCAGUCGGGAAUUCGAGACAAGUCACAAUUCUGAGAUAUGACUGAUUUCAGAUAUCAGACUUGACUGCCGAGGUCGCUGAAGCUAUGAACCCGGCCGGAAUAACGACCGAGGAUUCUCUCGAGUCGGUGAGGCAUGUGAGCGAACUGUACGUGGGGACGAGUCGUACAAGUUUCAGAUGAAGUGACGGGGGCAGGUGCCGCAGUACUGCAGCGAUUUGGGUUAUGAACGGCUUGGAGAGACUAUCUUGUGGAAGGAUCUUUGACUCCGAUCUUUAUAAUCUUUGCGUCCAUGUGUAGGACUCUUAUGGCUCAAGAUCGUGGAGUGCUCUCCACUUGUCUGGCGGGAGAGAGAGAGAAAGAGAGAAAGAGGGAGAUCAUUGAGCUCGGUGUCUUUUCAUGUACCCAGCACUAUAUUGACAUUCGCUGCGUCUAGAAGAAAGAACUCGAGCUCCAGCACUGUCACAACUGUGGGCAAACGGCAAUCCUUCUGCGGUAUCUGAAGCAAGGCAAUCAAAGCUCGUGUGCGCAGAUCAUGCUCAUAUGAAUCGAAGUACCAAUUGCCAGGUUUCUUUUCCCAUUUAGAAUUCUCCUUCUUCAAUCGAAGAAGGAGAAUUCUGGGCUUUUAUUGAUUGGAAUUCCUUGUUUCACGCUACUGGUGAGCUGCAUGUAUCGUGAGACGUAAGUGUUAAGCUAAUGAUGACGUUAAUAUGCCGCGACGUAAAUCACACAUAACUACCAUGCAUUUGAGUGGCGUACCCUCCGUAUAUGGUCUGGUAUUUACCGCACAUGAAUUUUUUAUACGGUUACCAGAAUUAGACGCCAAUGAGUGAGUAGUGUCCAUUG